UGCCUGAUUCCUAGGCCCAAUAGGUUCCCCUCUUGCAACAGUCUAGGCGCUGCUGACCAGCCCAGGUGCUGCUGGCAUACAGUAUCUGCGGCACUACCCAUCUAGGUUGUCUAGUCUAAAUCCCUAUUUCCACCGUCAACUCGACGCCGGGCGUACCAUUCUCGUCGCUCGUCACUUGCUGACGCCAUGGAGAUGGUCCUGCUGCAUCCCACAUCGAUGGUUUUUCCGCCAGUUCCCAAUGUCACCCUAGCCACGUCAGCCUCGAGGCUUAGACUGCCGAGCUACUGUCAUGGUCUUGGGCUUCCUCUGCGACAAUCACGCCCGUUGGAGACACAUAGGCAUGCGAAGAAAUCCAGAUGCAUUGUCACAAGAGCGGUCCUGGACCCGUCUGGUCUUGAUGCCGUGAUUUCCGCAGGAUCGAUCGCCGCACACAACCUUCUGUUCGCGGUUGCGGAUGCUGCUGCUGACGUGGCACCAGCUGCUGCUGAGGUGGUGCAGGAUCGUGGUUGGUUCUCAGGCCUGGCUGAUCUCCUGGAAGCCUUUCUUAAGAUCUUAGAGGAGGGUCUGGUGUCUCUCAAAGUCCCCUACGCGUACGGCUUCUCCAUCAUCCUGCUGACGAUUAUCGUGAAGCUGGUGACGUACCCGCUGACGAAGAAGCAGGUGGAGUCGACGCUCGCCAUGCAGGCCCUGGCGCCGAGCCUCAAGGAGAUCCAGGCGCAGUUCGCGGGCGACCAGGAGCGCAUCCAGAUGGAGACGGCCAAGGUGUACCAACGCGCGGGAGUCAACCCCCUCGCAGGCUGCCUACCCACGCUCGCCACUCUCCCUAUCUUCAUCGGCCUCUACCAGGCUCUCAGUAACGUCGCUAAGGAGGGCGUGCUGACGGAGGGUUUCUUCUGGAUUCCCUCUCUUGCCGGUCCCACCUCCAUGGAUCCUACUGUCGAAGGUUCUGGCAUCGCCUGGCUCUUCCCCUUCGUUGAUGGCGCCCCUCCCCUGGGUUGGGAGGCCACAGCAGCAUACCUGGUGCUGCCAGUGCUGCUGGUGGUGUCACAGGCUCUCACCAUGCAGAUCAUGCAGCCGCCACAGACAGACGACCCAGCAACGCAGCAGAGCCAGGCCAUUCUCAAGUUCUUGCCUCUCAUGAUCGGGUGGUUCUCUCUCACUGUGCCCUCCGGCCUCUCACUCUACUGGUUUGUGAACAACGUGCUGAGCACGGCGCAGACGGUCUACCUGCGCAAGAUGGGCGGCGCAACGGCCCCAGUGCUGAACACCAUGGGGGCCGACGGGGUCAUCGAUGUGGGCCUCGUGGAACCCUUAGGGGCACCAAGCACUACUGCGCCUGCUGCCUCUGCUUCUGCCGCCUCUGCACCAGCACUGGCUGUACCCAAGGCGUUGAGCAAGGAGGAGGAGGAGAUUGAGAGGGCUCGUGCUGAAAGGUUCCGGAAGCGCAAGGAGGCAGAGGCGGCAAAGCGAGCGGGAAAGACAGUGGAGGAGGGAGCGACUGCAGCGGUCAGUGGGGACGACAAGGACAGAGAACGGGCAGAGAGGUUUCGGAAGCGGAAGGAGGAGGAGGCGGCAAGGCGAGCAGCUAAGGCAGCAGCGGAGCAAGGCGAGAAACCAGCAGCACCUUCGCUGUCUGAGGCAACAGUGCCAGUAGUGGAAGCUGUUGUCUUGUCACCGGAUGAGAAGAGGGAAGGAAGGGAAGCACCCAAGGAAGAGGUGGUCAUUGUUGAAGUUGUGGAGCCUUCAGUAGAAAAGCCCGAGGGUAGCUCAAGAUGAUAUGCAAAAUUGAAGGGAUUGAAGAAGGGUUUUGUGUGAUUACCUUUCAUUGUGAUAAUAAAGUGUUGGUAUGAAAGUUUUUAGAUGUGUACACUAGAUGAACGCAAUCGAA